ACUCCACUCUUCUCCUCUUGCUCGAUCUCUUUAAUUCCCUGCAGCUCUCUCCGGCCGGCGAGUAAGAAAUGGAUGCAAGGAAAGUGGUGGGAAUCAUAACGCUGAUGUUGAGUUACUUGAAAUGGGCAUCGGAAAUUCUGCUCCACACUUGCUUCUUCCAUGGCCACUCUCACCUUCUUCAGGAACCAACUUACGCCGCCGCCGCGGCAGCUCACUACCGUCCCCACGGCGGUGGGGCAGCCGGCGACGAGGAAGCCGAAUGCGCGGUGUGCUUGUCCAAGAUCGAUGGAGGCGACGAGGUCCCGGAGCUGACGUGUCACCACGCGUUCCACAAAGUUUGUCUGGACAGAUGCUCAAACUACUCCUCCUUCACCCGCCGGCGGCAUCCCACGUGUCCACUCUGCCGCCGUUCAUUGACCGGGGCGACGGAGGAAGUGGUCGUGUUCGACUUUGCUCGGCUCGUUUGCUCCGAUGGGGAUGACCGCCAAACAUGGUGGCUCCGGUAGCUAGGCUACGUGCAGCAUUUAAUUGACUAGCUAGCUAGUGUAUGUGAUGUAUAUGUGUGAAUUGUGUUCAAUAUUGAAACACAAGAUUGAACGCAAAUUGUUGCAAUUGAACUUUAAAAAGGUUGAUUUUAUGCGAGGUUGCUUGUGUUUUAGUGUGUUUCAUAUCCUAAUAGGUAAAACCAAACUCGGAGUCGAAAGUUGGAAGAAAAAAAGCAAAGACCGGGCAAAGAUGAGGAUAUAUAUAUCACAUACACUAUGUGAUAUAUAUGUGCGAAUUGUGUUCCACUUACAAGGAGGAAUGUGAGGACCACUAUUGAAUAUUAGUGUUCAAUCUUGACAAAUAAAUAUUUAGAUAUAUC